GAUCUGUGGGAAUGACGUCUACCGCGGCUCCUUGCUACCUGAGAUACUCGAGAUACUAUCGCAUCAGUCGGUCCUGGAAAUGAAUGACCUGGAUUUGCAGACACCGAGCAUUUAAGGCAACUUACUUGAAAGUCAAUUUAGUUCUCAGGUGAGGGGUUGUUUGCGGCGUGCGCAGCGUGCGAGGACAGGAGCCAGGAUGAGUGGCGCAGCUCUGGGCCUGGAGGUGGUGGUGGUCUUCUUCCUGGCCCUCUUCCUCCUCCAUCGCUAUGGAGACUUCCGGAAGCAGCAGCGCAUGGUGCUGUUCGGCACACUGCUGGCCUGGUACCUCUGCUUCCUCAUCGUCUUCAUCCUGCCCCUGGACGUCAGCACGACGAUCUACAACCAGUGUGUCAUUGACUACACGCACGCGGUGACGCCCACGGUUCCAGCCAAUCAAACCACAGGAAACUCCACAGUCCCACCCACACAAAGCACUGCAAAGGCAUGCACCAAGCCCUGGAGCUACAUCCCCCAUGGGAUCAUGCCCGUCUUCUGGAGGGUCGUCUACUGGACAUCUCAGUGCCUCACCUGGCUGCUACUGCCCUUCAUGCAGUCAUACGCCCGCUCAGGCGGCUUCUCCAUCACCAGUAAGAUCAAGACGGCCCUGAUUGAGAACGCCAUCUACUACGGAACGUACCUGCUCAUCUUCGGAUCCCUGCUCAUCUACGUAGCUGUGCACCCACAGUGGCACCUCUCAUGGUAUGAGCUGCAGACCAUCGGCAUCACGGCGGCCAACACGUGGGGUCUGUUCCUGCUGGUGCUGCUGAUGGGCUACGGCCUGGUGGAGAUCCCGCGCGGCUACUGGGAGGCCUCACGCCACGGACACCAGCUCAUCAAGACCUACUUCAAGCUGGCCAAGCUGAUGACCGAGAAGGCCGACUCGGAGGAGAACCUGGAGGAUGUCAUGGAGGAAGUGAGAAAAGUCAGUGAAUCUAUCAAGUACAACCAUCCUCUGAGGAAGUACAUUGACACUGUUCUUAGAAAGUGUCCUGUUGAGUAUCAGGAGAAGAUGGGCAGGAACAUGGACGACUAUGAGGACUUUGACGACCGGCAGAACACCUACCCCACCGAGAAGAGCCUGGCCAAGCUCCACAAACAGGUGAUCUACGCAGUGCAGCGGCACAACCGCACGCGUGUCCAGUGGCAUGUGCAGCUGGAGGAGGCUUUCCACCUGGAGGACGUGGCCAAAAACGAAAGCAGCUCCGCCAGGGAGUUCGUCCACAGCUUUGCCUCCGCGGAGCCGCCCGGCUGGUUCCAACGCUACUUCUACACGCCCGCUGUCGAGUGGUACUGGGAGUGCCUGCUGAAGCAGUGGUUCUACCGGGUGUUGGCGGUGGUGCUGUCCCUGUUCUCGGUGGCGGUGGUGUGGUCCGAGUGCACCUUCUUCAGCACCAGGCCCGUACUCUCCCUCUUCGCCGUCCUCAUCCAGCUGGCCCAGAAAGACUACAACUAUCUGUACAUCGAGAUGGCGUGCUUCAUCACCAUCUUCUUCCUGUGCACGACCGUCUACUCCACGGUGUUCCGCAUCCGCGUCUUCAACUACUACUACCUGGCCCCCCACCACCAGACGGACGCCUACAGCCUGCAGUUCAGCGGCAUGCUUUUCUGCCGUUUGACGCCUCCACUUUGUCUCAACUUCCUGGGUCUGAUACACAUGGACUCAGCCAUAUCUCAUAAGGAUAGAGAGCAGACGGCAUACACCUCAAUCAUGGGCUCUAUGAAGGUGCUGUCCAUCAUUGCCAACGGGUUCUACAUCUACUACCCCAUGCUCAUCGUCAUCCUCUGCAUCGCCACCUACUUCAGCCUUGGCACGCGCUGUCUGAACCUUCUGGGCUUCCAGCAGUUUAUGGGAGAUAACGAGCUGACUUCAGAUCUGAUUGACGAGGGCAAAGAGUUGCUCAAACGAGAGAGAAGAAAGCGUCAAAGAAUCGAGGAUGGAGAGAACAGAAGAAGAGAGUGGAGGGAGCGCUAUGGCAACCGGGAACAGAAUGCGACGAGAAACCGUAACGUUCAGCAGGCAGAGCUGCAGGAGACCAACUACGCGGACACGGCCAACGCCAACGCCAGCAGCGCUGGCAGACAAGCCAAGUACACGCGGGCCAGCAGUCAGCCAGAGAGGGACUGCAUCGAGCUACUGGAGGACGCGGAGCCACUGGACUUCAAUGCAGACAUGCCCUCAGACGACCCACUCGGGGCAGAGACCGGCAGGCACACUGGAGGGAGGUAUCUGUCGAUGUCAAAUUCACAAAGCCGAAUCUUUGAUGAUGUUUGAGAAGGACACCAAGGUAGAAAAAAAGGCGAAGCACAGGAAAGGAUGAAGAAAAGCAGUUGUCCCAAACCGUGCACUCCUCCUCCUCCUCCUCCUCCUCCUCCUGACCACCAGACCAGAUCAGGGGUGAAUUUCUCAAAAGAGAAGUUGUUAGCCUGUUAGCAACUUCUGUAGUUGUCUAUGGGGAAAAUGCAUUGAAAACAACUAAGUAGCUAAUGUAGUAUGCAACUUUGGUUUCGAGAAAUCCAACCCAGACCAGUACACAGAGCAGGAGAGAGGGCAGUAUGUAGUAUGUACUGUAUAAUGUAUUCUUAGCCUAUGGUGAAUGUAGAUCACAAAUCACAGAUCAAAAAGUCUUUCCACAAAGUCACUGCUCGGAUAAUACUGUAUGUCUAGCACAGUGCAUGUAUAUAAAGUGUCAAACUACUUUAUAAUGCCCAAGUUAACACAAAUGUCCAGAGAAUCAGAACUAGCGUUGUGAUCUUUGUCAGUCUAGCAGUGGGUCCCCCUGAAGUAUUCUAACUUGUUUGAUUGUUUGUUUUUUUCUUUCAAUGGAGAUAUUUAUGUUAAGUUAUUGUAAUAUAGUCAUGUAUAAAGCCACAUUUUGGUUGAUUGUUAUGCAACGCUCUGUGUCACUUCAGUGGUGACUGAAGUCAAGUCAACUCACAUGACUAGUCUACCCUCUAGUGGAUCGUUUUUGAAACUGUAGGUUACUGAAGGAUGAUGGCAUUCUCCAGCCUGGCCGGCGCACAGAGGGUCUGCAAAGGCGGAAUUGAGAAACGACUUUCAGUGGGAGGGGUGAACUAUGUUGAAGUUUGAAAUGUGUGUCCCCCCCCCCCCCCCCAUCCCUGCACUUAUUGGCUGGUUGUCUGGCAACAACAAUAAUGUCCCACCAGAACACCUGGCCCAGACGUAACAUGGAGGAAAAUGUCAAUGGGGCAAGGUCAGGCUUAGGUGUUCACAGCCCCAACACAUCUUAUCCAGGUGUAUAUCUACCUUUCAAAUGUCAUGCACCCUUCCAUACCGGUCCUGUCCUUUAUCUGUUUGUAUGUUGACUCUAAAGAGAUUAGCUAGUAUAUUUAUUCACAUUUGUUAUGGAUGUGAGUGCUACAACUCUGAACAGCUGCUUCACAUGUUAUAUGGCUACUGUGUUGGCCCUACACCCUGGUCUGAUAUGGCAAGAUAUUUACUAAGUUACUGUAAUUCCAUUUUGAAUUUGUGUUUUAAAAUCAGGUGACCUGAACAUUCCGUCCUCAUAUUCUUCUGUACGAUAUUAUAUGCCCCUAUGGGUUUGUCUCUCAACGGUCGUAUUUGAUUUAGCGCAUGCUGUCUAUGUGAGAAAUCCUGAAUACUACUGCCGACUUAUUAUUUAAAUGAUUGCGAAGUUACUGUAUAUGAAGGCAUCAUUACAGCACAUGUCAAC